AGGCCCCAGGAAAAUGCAUUGCAGCAGAACAAGCAAUUAAAACAGAGACCGAGGUCCUGCCCAAGUCCUGCCUGAGUGGCGAGUUUCGUGUACCGAGUCGAAAUCGGAGUCGGAGUCGGCGUCCUGCAUCGUCGGUAGGUUGGGCUGCUCCCGCUGUGCUAAAAACCUAUUUUGAAUAAUUAAAAUUCCGUAAGUGCUGCAGAAACUUUAGCAACAAACUGCGGCAAGGCAACAAGGUGUGCACAAUGAAAUAAUUAAUUCAAUGCACCUGAAUACGCUAGCUUACAUAUAGAGCUUCUUCAAACCCAAUUGAGAGCAACAGGCGUAGCCAAAUACAACAACAAAAGCAACAACAAAGAUAACAAUAACAACAACAAUUAAACCAAAUACCAAAACUAACGAACCAAUCAAGUGGAACAGACCAAAGGCAGCAGCAAAAUGGCGGAAGAGAGGCCAAUGUCAACAAUUAGCCAAUACAAGGAUAAUCGAAGACACAUCCGGAAGCGGACACAGCCACCUGAGAGCGCUGUCCUGCCGCGAACAUUGUCCAUUGUCAUCGCAUUGAUGUUGCUAUCACAGCAGCACUGGGAGAGCGCGUCUGCCCAGGGUCUUAUGGCCAAGCAUGAGCCGAUGUUCAUAUCACGUUCGGAGACAUUCAAAUUCAUUGCUGGAGAUAUAAUAGUGCUGCCCUGUGAAGUGGCCAAUACGGAACCAUAUGUGGUUGCCUGGAAACGUGGCAUCGCCAUACUCACCGCCGGCUCCGUCAAGGUGACACCCGAUCCGCGCGUGCGUCUGGUUAGUGGCUUCAAUCUGCAGAUACGUGAUGCUGUUCCACAGGAUGCCGGCGAUUACAUCUGCCAAAUUGCCACAAUGGAGCCACGCGAAAUUACACAUACCGUCGAAAUACUGGUGCCACCAAGGAUUCAUCACAUUAGCACCGGCGGACAUUUGCAAGUCAAAAAAGGUUCAUCAGUGCGCAUUGAGUGCUCGGCCUCUGGUAAUCCAACGCCAAAUGUGACUUGGAGCCGCAAAAAUAAUAUUUUGCCCAAUGGAGAAGAGAAGCUGCACUCACACGUCCUGUCCAUCGAAAAUGUGGAUCGUCAUAAGGGCGGCGUCUACAUAUGCACUGCCAACAAUGGUGUCGGCCAACCCGCAUCAAGUCAGGUUGUGUUGCACGUCUUAUACCCGCCAGAAAUCUCCGUGGAGCGUCCCGUUGUCUUCUCCGGCGAGGGACAUGAGGCCAUGCUGGUCUGCAUCGUGCACGGCGAAACACAGCCUGAGGUAAUUUGGUUCAAAGAUACCAUGCAAUUGGACACCACCGAGCGCCACAUCAUGGAAAAUCGCGGCUCACGUCACACGCUGAUUAUACGCAAAGUGCAUCCGCAAGACUUUGGCAACUACUCCUGCGUGGCUGAGAAUCAACUUGGCAAGUCACGCAAAACUUUACAGCUCAGCGGAAAACCGAAUGUUGCCGUUUUUAAUUCUCCAGCAAUCAGUCAAUACAAGGACAGAUACAACAUCUCUUGGGCAGUGGACUCGCAUACACCCAUCGAGGAGUAUAAGUUGUCCUUCCGCAAGCUGCCACAAGGACAUGAGGUCGUUGACAAUGCCAUUGACUCGCAAUCCUCGUUGUCGUCAUCAUCAUCAUCCUCAUCGUCGUCGUCGUCGUCGUCGUCGCACACUUACGGCUCUGCCACCCACAAUCAUCGCAUUGGCAACAACUUGGCCAACUAUGGCGGCUAUGGCAAUCUGAUGCGCUGGGACCACAACGAUUGGCGUGAUGUUGUGCUCCCCGCAUUCCCCCUCUCGCACCACUACACGCAAGGCAUGAGCUACAUGGUGCGCGGUCUCGAUCCCGAUCAGCAGUAUGAGGCCACUGUGCAAUCCCGCAAUCGCUAUGGCUGGAGCGAUUUGACCAACAGCUUCUUCUUCUCCACAUCAUCAAAUGAUAACGAGAUGCGAGAUCUGAGCGUCACCUUCUAUGGCAGCGGCGCGAUUAAUCGGCAGAAAUUGAGCCUCUUCACAUUGAGUGGAGCUACGCUGAUGCUGCGACUAAUUCUGGCUUAGAUCUACAAUCUUCACUUAGUAUAAUUUGAUUUAAGUAACGAAUUUCACCGCCAAUAGCAUUAAAAUGGAUGGUUUUGAUUUGAACAAUUAGUGAAGACAGCCAAUUAAAGUGGACAGUCGUGUUGUAACUAGCUUAAGACAUGAUACAUAAGCGUAUUUAUGUGCUAACCAUGUUCAACAUUAUUUCUCUCAAACUCACAAUUUUCCAUAUUCAUCAAAAACAUUCCAAAUGCAAAACUUUAUCGAAAUCGAAAA